UAAAAUGUACUAAAUAUGUGUACGCGACGCGUCCAAUAAAAUUUGCUUUGAUUUGAAUGCGCGCGCUCACUGCUGUCAGCGCAACACGGCCCGGCCCAACACUACAUCGACUGUUGUUCAUCUGUCAAGAUUUCUAUGAUCCAGUUAAAAAACAUUCUAGAAGAAAAGGACAACAACGGUGAAGGUCAACUGCUCCAUCAGGCAGUGUCCAACAAUGAUGACAGACUCCUUGAUGAGCUGCUCUCUCAAGAAAAGUAUAGAAAGUUCAUCAACUGUAGGAGCGGCUGGGGUAUCCCAAGAACACCUUUACGAAUGGCUGCAUCUAAAGGUCAUCUCAGGUGUCUGCAGGUUCUGCUGGCCCACGGAGCAGAGGUGGACUGUCUAGAUGUGAAGGCUCAGACCCCACUUUUCACAGCUGUCUGUGGGAAAUACUUCAACUGUGUUUUAGCCCUCCUCAGGGCAGGUGCUAACCCCAAUGGCAGCUUGUAUAACAACUGCUCUCCGGUCCUGACUGCAGCCAGGGAAGGGGAUGUUGAGAUUUUGAAGCAACUUCUUAAACAUGGUGCUGAGGUCAACUCCAGAUCCAAAGUCUUGCUGUUUACUUCAAGUGCCAGUGUUUCUAGUGGUCCCCUCUAUCUGUCUGCUGUGUAUGGACACUUAGACUGCUUUAAAGUAUUGCUUCUCUAUGGGGCUGAUCCAAAUUACAACUGCACAGAUGCAAAACUACUGAGUAAAAUCAAGCAGCCUAAGACCGUGCUUGAAAUGUGCCUCAGACAUGGCUGUGGGGUGGAGUACAUCCAACUUUUGAUUGACUUUGGUGCAAAUGUCUACCUCCCCACUCUCAUCAUAGAAAAGUCCACAAAGCAGAAUGAGGCAGUGGAGCUGCUGCUGCAAGAAAGAGGUUUUCCCAAGUCCCUUGUAUCACAGUGCCGACUUGCCAUCCGAGGAUACCUCAGGAAGAUCAACAGAAUCCAGUCCAUUGACCAUCUGGAAAUGCCAUCAAGCAUGAUAAACUUCUUGCAAUACAAAUCAGUCCCAACAAUUGCUAUGCAUCUCUGAGAAAGCAUAUAUUGUCCCUAUGCUUUUGCUACAUGAAACAUAAUGCUUACUUUUUGCAAAACAUUUCAUAGUGAUGUUGAAAUAGUACACAUUUGUCCUGCAUUUGAGAAUAGUUGUGUAAUGUUUAUUCUCAAUGUUUUUUCAAUCAAUUAUGCAAUCAUGUUUUUCAUUUUCUUGUUUUAUCCCUCUUCCAUAAUGUGUGGAAUUUUUUGUAAUACUGCAUUGUCAGCAUAAAAUAGAAUGUGCAGUAGAAAUGACAACCAUUAAAAUGUCUUGAACUAA